UAAACCUCUUGACCCAGGUCGCGCGCCGCCAUAAACCCUAACCACCCGAGCGACACACCUCGCGCCUACGCCGGCGGCGGGCAGGGGCGCCAUGGUGAAGGCCUACCUCCGGUACGAGCCGGCGCUCGCCUUCGGCGUGGUCGCGUCCCCGGAGUCCAACGUCGUCUACGACCCCUCCGGCCGCCUCCUCCUCGCCGCGGCCCUCGACCGCUUCGCCGCCUGGGACCUCAAGCGCGGCCUCCCCUCCCUCUCGUUCGCCACGACCUCCCCCUCCCCUUCCCUCGCCGUCUCCUGCCUCGCCACCUUCCCCUCCGCCGCACCCGCCACCGGAUCCUCGAUUGCGAGCGGCCACGCCGAUGGGAGUAUCCGGCUGUGGGACGCCGAGACCGGCUCCUGCGAGGCGGCCCUCCAUGGCCACCGCUCUGCGGCCUCCGCCCUCCUCUUCGGCCCCUCUGGCGCCGUACUUGCCUCUGGCAGCAAGGACUGCGACAUCAUCCUCUGGGACGUCGUUGCACAGGCCGGCCUUUUCAGACUCCGUGGCCACCGUGAUCAGGUGACGGGUUUGGUGUUUCUGGAUUCAGGCAAGAAGCUAGUGAGCUGCUCCAAGGACAAGUUCAUCCGCGUCUGGGACCUUGACACCCAGCACUGCCUUCAGAUUGUUGGUGGCCAUCGCAGUGAAAUAUGGUCGAUAGAUGUGGAUCCCAGUGAGAGGUUUUUGGUGUCUGGUUCAGCCGAUCAAGAGCUGCGGGUGUUUACAGUCCGGAAAUCAGCUGAGGGUGAAGAUUGGAGCAAGUGGGAUAUGCUGAAGCUAUUUGGUGAGAUUCCGAGACAGAGCAAGGAAAGGGUGGCAACCAUUAGGUUUAAUAAGAAUGGUAACCUUGUGGCAUGCCAGGUAGCUGGGAAGAUAGUGGAUGUUUAUAGGGUUCUUGAUGAAACAGAGGCUUUACGGAAGGCCAAGAGGAGGAUGCACAGAAAGAAGGAGAAAGCUUUGGCCAAAUCUGCUGUUGCCGAAGAGAAUGGAACUGUUAUAGACCCUUUGUCAGCUCAAGAUUGGCAGAAUCCCACUCCUGUUGUCACUGAUGUAUUUAAGCUUCUCCAUGUUUUGCGGUCUAACAAGAAAAUUUGCUCGGUUGCAUUUUCUCCUAACAAUCCACCAAAAGGCUGCUUUGCCACCUUGUCUUUGUCUCUGAACAAUAACAUGCUUGAGACAUACUCAGUCGAUAAUGAGAAUGUGUCAAAGAUGUACUCCAUUGAGAUGCAUGGACACCGUUCUGAUAUUAGGAGUCUUGCGCUUAACUCAGAUGACAGCCUCCUGAUGUCAACAAGUCACAAUGCUGUUAAGAUUUGGAAUCCUAGUACUGGGGACUGUCUUCGGACAAUUGACUCUGAUUAUGGAUUGUGCAGUGCAUUUGUUCCUGGUAAUCGGUAUGCCCUUGUUGGCACAAAGAGUGGUACUUUGGAGAUUAUAGAUAUUAAUAGUGGAAGCUCUAUUGAGGUUAUAGAAGCUCAUGCUGGUUCCAUACGAUCAGUUGUACUCAUUGCAGACGAGGAUGGAACUAUUGGUGCACGGGGUUUUGUUACUGGGAGUGCUGAUCAUGAUGUCAAGUUUUGGGAAUACCAAUUGAUGCAGAAAUCUGAUGCUGAUUCUAAACAGCUGAGUGUAACGAAUGUGAGAACCUUGAAAAUGAAUGACGAUGUCCUUGCAGUAACAAUCAGUCCAACUGGGAAGCAUAUUGCUGUUGCUCUCUUGGACAGCACAGUCAAGGUCUUCUAUAUGGACUCACUGAAGUUUUUUCUUUCCCUCUAUGGACACAAGCUUCCAGUUCUCUGCAUGGAUAUAUCAUCCGAUGGAGCUCUCAUAGUUACUGGCUCUGCGGACAAAAAUUUGAAAAUUUGGGGUAUGGAUUUUGGUGACUGCCAUAAGUCCAUUUUUGCCCAUGCUGACAGUGUGAUGGAUGUUAAAUUUGUUUAUAAAACACACUAUAUGUUUAGUGUUGGGAAAGACCGCACUGUGAAGUACUGGGAUGCUGAUAAAUUCGAGUUAUUAUUAACACUGGAAGGACACCAUGCUGAAGUUUGGUGUCUUGCCAUCAGUAGCCGUGGUGAUUUUGUUGUAACAGGUUCUCAUGAUCGCUCUAUUCGGCGUUGGGAUCGUACCGAAGAACAGCUCUUCAUUGAGGAAGAGCAAGAGAAAAGAUUGGAGGAAACCUUUGAGGCUGAUUUGGAUAGUACCGUGGAUCAUAGAUAUGGGCAGAAAGAUGGUGCUCCAGAUGAGGGUUCUGUAGGUGUUCCUGGUAGGAAAACAAAAGAGACUGUUACUGCUGCGGAUGCAAUUAUUGAUGCACUUGACACUGCUGAGGAAGAAGUAAAACGACUUCACCAGCACAAGGAAGAAGAAAAUAAUGGGAGAGGAGCACAAUUUCAACCCAAUGUUAUAAUGCAAGGGCAGUCACCAUCGGAUUAUGUUCUGAAUGUAGUUUCAAAUGUCCGUGCAAAUGACUUGGAACAGGCUCUCCUUUCAUUGCCGUUCUCGGAUGCACUGAAGCUCAUGUCUUACUUAAAGGAGUGGUCUCUGGUUCCUUUGAAGGUUGAGCUUGUUUGUAGGGUUUGCCUAGUGCUGCUUCAAACACACCACAACCAACUAACUGCCACACCAUCUGCAAGAUCGAUGCUUACAGAACUGAAAGAUAUUCUUUACAAUAGAGUAAAGGAAUGCAAGGAUGCUAUAGGUUUCAACCUUGCUGCAAUGGAUCAUAUAAAAGAAUUGUUGGCCAUGAGAUCGGAUGCCCCCUUCCGAGAUGCAAGAGCGAAACUGUUGGAGAUCAGGCAGGAGCAAUCGAGACGCUCAGAUAGGUCAGUUGGGACCGAAAAAAGGAAAAGGAAGAAGCAGAAAACAUCCGGUGAGAGCUGAGCCUUGGGCGAGGCAUAGUAGGCCUUCUUUUAGCCUAAUACCCAACUAUAUAUCGACGUGCUCGUAUUCAGUCUACAUGAGCACGACAGAAUUUUGACCUACU